AGAGAGAGAGAGAGAGAGAGCAAUGGCUGCCUCUGUUCCAUCGCCCUCCUCCAAAAGAAGGCCAGCAAAAGCACCUCUUCUUCUUUUGCUGCUGCUGGCAGGAUCUACAGUUUCCUUGCUCGCAUUCUCCCACCCAUGGCUGCUUUCCAACAGCUCCCCACCUCUCUCUUCCAAAAUCCCAGCACUCAACUCCUUCCCAAUCACUCCAGAACUCUCUUUCAACUCAUCCCAACCUUCCUUUUCAUGCAAUGCAUCAUUGCUCAGUUCUUCCUCACAACCCAAGCCUCUGCAAUUGAACUCCACUCCUCAUGCUGCCGCACUGGAAGUAGAAAUGCUGGCAUCGAUGGCACCAAUCAACGAUGGCUAUCCCGGUGACUCCCAGCGGCAAGGGCCUUACCAUAAUUGGAAGCUUUUCAGCAUUGACUUUCAGGAUAUGCUCCAGACUCUGAAGAUUUUCAUCUAUCCAGAUGUCUCCAACAAAUCCGCUCCUUUCUCAAGUAUUUUCCUUCCCCAUUCCACUCCCUUCCAUCCGAAGCUUGGCAAUUACUUCAGCGAGCACAUGUUCAAGAUCAAUCUCCUCCGCAGCUCCUUCAUUACUUCCAAGCCGGAAGAGGCUCAUUUCUUUUUCAUGCCCUUCUCCAUCAAUGCUAUGAGGAACGACCCUCGCUUGCAUUCUGAGUCUUCAAUUUCUGACUUUGUUGCCCUUUAUACGACGAAGAUCAGCCGAAAGUUUGAAUUUUGGAACGCAUCAAGGGGUUCGGAUCACUUCUACGUCUGCUGCCAUUCCAUCGGACGAGAUGCAGCCUCGAAGCAUCGGGAGCUUUUCAACAAUGCCGUUCAGGUAACUUGCUCAUCGAGCUACUUCCAAAGGCUUUAUGUUGCCCAUAAAGACGUUGGGCUCCCACAAGUUUGGCCACGUUCACCGGAGAAAACAUUGAAUCCCCCUGAUGCAAGGAAUAGAUUGGUUUUUUAUGCUGGACGUGCAAAGAAUUCCCUGGUUCGUCAGGAGUUGAUAGCCACGUGGGCAAACGACACCACUAUGGAUAUUUUCUCUAGCAAUCCCCCUUUCCCCUAUGAGGAAGGCUUCAGGAGGAGUAGAUACUGCCUCCAUGUCAAGGGAUAUGAGGUAAACACUGCUAGGAUCUCGGAUGCGCUGCAUUAUGGAUGCAUUCCUGUUAUAGUUUCUAACCACUACGACCUUCCCUUUGCUAAUGUCUUGGAUUGGAGUAAGUUCUCCAUUAUAGUGGGCCAUGGAGACAUUCCUUUACUCAAACAGAUAUUAUUAUCAAUAUCCAGACAGAUGUAUCUGAAUAUGUAUGAAAACCUCUGUAAAGUUCGGAAACACUUUCGAUGGCAUAUGUCUCCGAGAGGCUAUGAUUCCUUUCACAUGACUAUUUACCAGUUAUGGAUGAGAAGGGGCAUGCAGUUUACUUCUUAAUGUUCUAGUUUCUCGGGUAGAUUAUUGCCAGCUUGUGCAUAUUUGACAUAACAACUUCAAAUUCAGGAUUUACACAGUGGUA